AUGGAUUUGAUGGAUGGAUUCUAUCAGAUCCUCAUGCGUGAAAAGUACAUCCCGUACACAGCGGUGAGCACCCCCGGUGGUACACUCUGGGAGUGGCUAGUGAUGCCACAGAGGCUGAGAAACGCCUCUUCUACUCUCAAUAGAUAUGUUACGAAUCUGUUGCAAUCGUUGCGAGAAUUCGCACCGAGUUACUUUGACGAUGUCUUCGUCCAUGGCGGGGCUAUGGAUGUAAAGACGGACGUGGAGGUUCAUAGAAUCCACGUCCGGAAGGUUCUUACGCUAAUGCGAGAGCAUAAGUUGUUCACGAACCUCAAGAAGUGCACAUUCGCAGCGAAGGAAAUACCACUUCUUGGCUUCAUCGUGGGUAUGAACGAUGUACGUCCUGAUCCGGAAAAGAUCAAGGCGAUUAGCAACUGGACUGUGCUAGUCGACGUCAAGGGACUUCGAAAGUUCCUUGGCUUGGCGGCGUACUUGCACAAGUACACGCGCAACUACGCCGAGAUGACCGUACAUCUAUCUCGUCUACUAAAGAAAAACGAGAGGAGGUCAUGGAGUGCUGAGUGUCAGCACUCCUUCGAGGGUAUCAAGAAAAUCUUAAUUCAAUCGCCUGUGUUGGCGAUUGCAGACCAGGACAGACCAUUCCACGUGGUCUGUGACGCCAGCGAUUUUGCAAUCGGCUGCGCGUUGAUGCAGUAUGACUCAGACGGCUUUGAGCGCGUCGUCUGUUAUCAAUCGCCUCAGCUGCAAGCAGCUGAGCGUAAUUACCCAAUGCAUGACAAAGGAACGUCUUGCCAUUGUCAUGAAAUAUGCACUGGCUAA